AUGCUAUUGAUCAAUGAUGGCAUGUGGCGGGUCUACGGAUGCAAGAACCGCAUCCUCUCCGUUGACCUAGUCAUUGAAGCCUGGGCCACCAAGAAGGCGGUCCAGGCUUUGCACAAGGCCGGGUUCGACGACAAGCCUCAGAGUACCGACCAUUUCAAGUCCCAGAAAGAUGGGUGGUGGUUGCCCGCCCAUGUCUUCCAUCUCCGGCCGGGCCCCGGGGAAGAGCGCCAUGUGGACCUGAACCUGUUCUACCAUGAGUGCUAUUUCCCGCUCCUGAAGUCUCCGAAGCUGGGACGGCCUCCCUUGAAUGACGAUACUUAUCUGGUCACAACCGACCCGCGUCUUGCAGAGCACUGCCCCGAUCUAAACUCCUAUGAGAUCAAGGUGUUGCGUCCGGCGCGGCUGGUGGAGGCUCGGGUCCGCCUCUGCUACCGAGAUUUGUACUUGAUAACUCAACGUCGCAUGUGGUCAAAAGAGUGGCUUAAAGGUGCCACGUGGGUGCACGAUCUCACAAACAUCUUCUACUCGGCUGCUGCGGCCGAUCAUACGGAUGGGCCCAGUGGUGAGGCAGAUCACAACCUCCCCUGGGGCUUUCAGAAUUGUUUUCGGAACCCGUUCUUGACUGAAACGCCUGCGCUCACCCUGCGAGAUCUGGAUCCCGUCUGGCUCCGCCUGGCAGAGUUCCAGCCGCUCUUCCAGGAGUAUUGGAAAGCGAUGAUUCUGUCGCGGAGCGUGCCAAAGAAGCCUUCACCCAGCCGGCCAGUGAUCGACCACUGCCCUGUUCUGAGUAUUUACAGCGACUGUGCAGCGUACCCGGCAAUGAAUGAGUUUGCCUGGCGCUUCAAGGAGGCCGACCUCUUCCCGGAUGGCACCGGUCCAUUCCCCGAGGUUCAUGUCGAGGCCUGGAAUAAACUCCGCCGCGACUUCCCGGGGGUGUCGAUGGAAUCGAUAUUUGAUUCCGACGACAACCGCUGCAAUGUUCUCGAAAAAUGGAUCAGUGUGAGUUACGACUCGCUGUACAGAUGGCGCAGUGACCCAUGGUCACGACAUUACCGAUCUCCGUGA